CUCGUAUUUAUUACUGACAUAGCUCUUAGAAUCAAUAUCAGUGAUUGCUCUGAAUCUGGCCUGCAUCGAAUGUUUCUCCACGUAUACAACUUCAAUAUCAUCUUGAUUUCUAUUUGAAGUCCGAUGAGGUCAUAUUCCACACUCGUAUCUCUGAGCUUCUGGAGAAAACAAAAUGGCAGGCGCAUACUCUCGUCUUUCACCGGAAUUAAUGCUCAUUAUCCUUGGACACGUACCGGACCUCCCUUCGCUUUACAGACUCAUAUGUGCAUCCGCAAAAGCUAAUGCAGCAUUUGAGAGUCACCCUGGUCAUCUCUUAGACAAGAUUAUCGAACGCUCAAUCCCCGAUUUCAAGCACUUGGCUCGCAUGGUUGCCAUUCUGGGUUCCCUCAGCAUCCAGACCAGUCCCAACGCACACUCAGGGAAUCCGCCGUCGCAGCCGACCUUCGAAACGUUGGUAAACAAAUACAAAAAUCUUCCUAAAGAUGUGCUUACUUCAGCACCACCAUCAUUUGCAUUUACGGCUGGCACGCCAGGGCCUCGCUACCUGUUGCUAACAGCUUACCGCAUCGAAAAUCUUCGACCUAGAUGCGUCGCCACUCUUCUCCAGAAUGUCCAUGAACAAUUGUUCUCCAGGCCCGUGAAUGGGAAAACUGAGGAAGAACCGGAUCACACAUUGAAACAAUUCAGACCCGGCGUUUCCUUUACGCCAGCCGCUUUAUGGUAUCCGUCAUGUAUUGACAGGUUUUGGGUUGAGCGUGCGCUUUGGAAACUCAUAAUUUACUGGAAUAUUCGAGCAAUUGAUCCGGAUGUCGCUACAGUCCACCCUGAUUUUCGUCGAUACAGCGUGAAAAUAAGACAUAUAAGCCCCAGCAUCGGACCCGAAAUGAACUCAGUGCAUUUAUAUGAGUCUGAAGAAAUGAAUUGCGUAUCGGCAGCGAUUCAGGAAUUCUUAGACUGUGAAUCUUUCGAAUUAUUUACUGCGUUCUUCGAAAGAACGCGGGGGCAUACACUUCGGUCCAGCUGGGGGCGAGCUCAGCCCACCCAAGUAUUUCUACCAUUUUUUGGGUGGGCUAAGCUUUUGAACUAG